GGCUUCCUGUGGAUGGCCGGGACCCCAGUCUCAACAGGUGAGUCACUCGAACCCACYGCCAAACCAACCUCAGCAGUUGGCCCCACAAGGAUCACAAGGGAAUCAAGGCGGUGGACGAGGACAGAAUCAAGGAUGGGGCCGAGGGCGAGGAAAUGGUGGCCGCGGGGGAUAUGGGAGAGGAAACGCGAACAGUAACUCCCAGAGAGGAGGAAAUGACGGGUGGAACGGUGCAGGAAAUCAGAGUGACCAGCAAGGUGGUGAAGGAUAUGGAAGAGGAAGGGUAGAUUGGAGAAAUGCCAUCUGCUGGCAUUGUGGCCAGAAGGGCCACACAAUUAAGUUUUGUCAGGUCCGAAAGAGUGAUGAAAAGGAUGGCCUGAUGAGCUCAAGCUAUGAUGGUGAUUUUUUCGACAUGUACGGUGAGUGCAUAGACCCGAGAAUCCCAGGGGGGAUACGGGAAGAAGCUCUGCGCCGUGCUAGUGCCCCAGCUCCACCAGCUCCUCCGGCCGCUUUCCGUAUUUGGCAGGAAGUAGAAGACCGUCAGGGUGUGAGGAUAGAGGAGAUAAGCGAGAAUGAAGAGGUUGAGCAGAGAUUGAGGGCCGACACAAAAAAGGAGGAGCCUAUAGUGGUUGAAUCCGACGACGACGAGCAAGAUGGUGGCCACGGCAGGGCAAGAGACACGAUGGAGAGAAUGGAGGACCUACUGGCAAAAAUCGGGAGGUACCAGGAUAAGUUGACCACUCUUUGUGAGGAGGUCAACAGGUGGAAAGGAGAGUUACCAUUGGUGUACCUCAUCGAUUCAGGCCCAGGGGCACAAGGCGGAUGUGGAAAUCUGCCCGGAGUGACUGUCACGGCGCCAACUCCCAGGUCUGGGAUGACCUUCAGGCCGCCGUCAAGAGCCGGAAGGGCGGCUUUGGCAGCACGUACUAGAUCGAAGGGAGCGCCCGACUCAAGCCAUCCCACUCAGGACAGCCCGGGUCCCAGUGGAGAGAAAGAGAUGGUAGAGAUUCCAGAGGAUGACGAGGACGAGGAUGAAAAGUUGAGGAAGGAAGAGGACAAGAAGGCUGAAGAGAGAGCCAAAAAGAGGGGCGCCAAAACGAGCGCUGAUAAAGAGCAGGAGGGAAAGAAGAGAAAGUAUAAGGUCAGAAUGGAGGAGGGGUUUGAUGUGGAAGGAAUGGUCGAUCGACUCCUUGAGGGUCAUAACGACCUAAUGAACUUAAAGGAUAUCCUCGCUUCCGCUCCAAAAUUGAGGGACGAGUUGAAGGCUCGAUUGUCCAGAAGGUUAGUAGCAAGUGUGCGCUUGGGAACCAUUAUCCCCAAGGAAGCGGAAUGGGCAGAGACAGGCACGAAGAUGGAUUGGAAGUCCGUCGCUUGUGGAUGCUUGGACGUAGUAGUAAAAGGAAAAACGUGCACGACAAUGGUGGAUACUGGAGAGGAAAUUAACCUCAUAAAAGAGGAGCAUGCUUUACGCCUGGGGAUGGAGAUUGAUCGCUCCGAUAAUGGAGUUUUAAUGGGAGCGAAUAGUCGGUCUGUGUUCAUAGGGACCGCAUCGAGAAUGGUUUUGGAGUUUGGCAAGGUUAAAGUGAGAAGUUGUUUCUUUGUGAUGCCCGAUCUCGACCAUCCCAUCCUAUUGGGCCGAUCCUUUUUUAGCCGAACGGAGACCGUCAUACUGAAUAAGCAUGAUGGGACAAUGUUCCUCGUCUUAUGUGACCCGGUAUGUGGCAACUAUGAGGUUAUCACAUGCAAAAAUACGGGGCCACAAAGUAUAAGGAAUAGGCCCAAUCCUGGCUCUUUCACGAUUGAGGAAUCGGGAGAAGAAAGGAAGAGGCUAGGAGGGGAUGAGUUUGAAGAAGAAAGGAAUCCGGAAGCACUGACUCUUAGCCUGACCAAUAUAGGCGAUGCUAUGAAGAUAGUGUCAACCUAUGGGAUGGCGGACAUGGAGGCCGUAGAGGCCUUGAGAGAAAAGGUGAUGGAACAGAUGGGUGAAGGAGAGGUGGAGCUGGUAUAUUGGACAUGGGAUAAGAUGGCAAGGGUAAGGAAGGAGCCUCUCAAGGUGGGCGACGUUGUGUUGCUAUAUGAUUCAUCCUUAGAGAAGCAGUGGUCGCGAAAGUUAGACAAGAGGUGGUUAGGACCAUACAGGGUCGCAAGGAGUGGAGAGCAUGGGACAUACCAGAUUGAAGAGCUGAAUGGGACUGCCUGGAAAGAUUGGGUGUCAGGCUCGAGGUUAAAGAAGUUUGUCGCUCGAGACGAGGAUUUUGAGAGGAAGAUGGAGGGCUUGCACCCAUCGCCAUUAGGAAGGGAUGGACAACCCAUCCGUUUCGAUGCCACUAACUUGUGGGAAUUCCUGAAGGGCUACGACGAGUUUGCAGACAGCAUCAACAAGCCACCAAGCCAGAGGGUGAGGGAUUUUAUUCUGUUUGUAAGGGAACACCUCAGGUCCUUCAUCAGAUCUAUUGUGGAGCCUGCCACAAACUGGAGCCAUUGCAAGAAAUUGCUUUGGAACUACUAUACUCCAGCUCGUCAGGCAGAGGAGAGGAGGAGUGUGCAUAGAAAGAGGAAGGAGCCAGAAACUGCAGAGAAGAGAACCUCUGAGCAGGGCAUGACCUCAGGAGCUCAGAGGGAUGGCCAGAGGAGAGAGCACAGGUUCCGGAGGCAGGAGAGAGAGGAGGACCAGCAUAUUGGCAAGACUCAACAGAAAGAGGAGCAGACUGCAGAGAGGACCCAGAGGGGAGGGCCCUCAGGUGGAUCAGAUAUACCUCCUCACCUUGCUCACGUACCUGAGACCACUCCUAGGCCAGGCAUGCAGCCAGAGACGUCUCAUAGGGCACAGGGUCAGGGAAAGGAUGAGGAUCAGGCUGCAAGAGAGAAGGAACAGGACAAGGAAGAAAGAGCGGCAAUAGAGAGAGAAAUCAGAGUCCAAAUCAAACUCAAGAACAUUGCGGAGCUGCACGAGAAGUUUAAGCAGGGAGAGCAGCCUGGAGGCCCAGGGAGGCCCAGGGAGCAGCAUCAGGAGAUGGGGGUUAAGCUGGUCUCUACAGACUUGCUUAGCCUGAAGGGCCUUACGAAAGAGGGUUUUGCGGCGGCCAAGACUUCUAAUGAAAAGAUGGAGAAGAGGUUGACGAGGGUGGCACGGGCGUCUCAUGAGCAGAGAAUGGACUGGCAAAAAGAAAUUGGUGAUCUCAAGAAGGAGUUGGAGAGGCAGGACAAGGAGAUGGAAGCCAUAAAGACUGAGGUGGAGAAGGCUUGGGCAGGCAACGAGGCCAUCAGACAGGUCAACCAGACCCUUAACAAGGUGGAAGAGAGGGCAAACGACCAGAAGGAUGAGGAAAUCCCCCUGCUAGAUAAAAAGAUGUUGCAGUCUGAGGACGCCCUAGCAAAGAUGAAGUCAGGAACCGGGGGGUUUGAGUGGAGGAUGCCCACAGUCUUGGCACAUGAGGCAAGGCCACCAGCAGAGGAUGCGAUGGAUGAAGCUGCACUUCCCGUGACUCAGGAGGAGACUGUGGGGAGACAGGAGGUUCAGGAGAGUGUGGGACAGGCCAUGGCUGAGGCUGAGGAAAGGGAGGAGCAGGAGGUAUCUCAGAAGACCCCACCAUCUCAGGAUAUGCCUCUAGUUGCAGGUCUGGAGGAUGCAUUGGGAUCUUGGGCCACUGGAUCCGGGGCAGAGGAGCGAGUGAGUGAGCAGAUGGCCCAAACAGAUGACAGAGCAGCAUGCCCCAUUUCCCCAGAGCACCCACAGCAGGAGGUCACCAGCGAGGCCACAGCAACCCCCUCAUCUGUACCCUCCCAUGCAGCUGACAAGAUGGAGCAGAAAAGGUUUGGAAGAUGCUUCUACUGCAAGAGAGGCAAGCACCCACAGGAGACCUGUCCCAAAAGCCUCAAGGAUGAGGCUGAUGGUUUGUUUUCAUGGGACCCAUCUGGCGUACGCAGGGACAGAGAUGGGAACCUGAUCCUGAAGACUCGUGAUGGGAUACGAGCGCAGUUGUAUAGGCAACUGCAGGAGGACAUGAGUGAUCAGGAGUAGGAUUUACGAAUAGGGUCCGGAAAAGUC